AUGACACUUUCAAAGCUAUCUACGCUCCUAGCCUCUGCCACUCUUGUUGCAGGCCAUGGCUAUGUCUCCAGCAUCGUAGCCGAUGGCAAAAGCUACACCGGCUACCUCGUUGACAAAUAUGCCUACAUGGCAGACCCCCCUGACAGCGUCGGCUGGACGACAACAGCAACCGACCUCGGUUUCGAAGACGGCACCGAAUACCAAGAUCCCAACAUAAUCUGCCACCGAGACGGAGCCAACGCAGCUUUGAGUGCCACUGUCACCGCUGGCUCCAGCAUUGACCUCCAAUGGACGACCUGGCCAGACUCACACCACGGCCCUGUGAUCACCUAUCUGGCCUCGUGCAACGGUGACUGCACCACAGUCGACAAGACCACGCUGGAAUUCUUCAAGAUUGAAGAAGAAGGUCUUAUCGAUGGCGCAAACCCUCCUGGCACAUGGGCUACCGAUGACCUGAUUGCUGCUGGGGGCCAGUCAAAUGGCGCUCAGAACUACCCGCAGUGCUUCAACUUGGAGGUCACUAGUGGUGGAAGUGACGUGCCAGAUGGCACACCUGGUAUGGAGUUGUAUACCAACACUGAUCCUGGGAUCUUGUUCGAUAUUUAUUCUUCGCUGACUUCGUAUGAUAUUCCGGGACCGGCUUUGUAUGCCUGA